AUGGGGUACGCCGUUUUGGUCACUCUGCACGAGGACACCGCUGAGGCGAAAGUUGAGGAGAUUCUGGCGCAAAUUGUCUGCAUUGAUGGUGUCAACACAGUGACGACGGAAUGGCGGAGUGAUCGGAAGCGGAGAAACGAGCCCGAUUCGAUAGUUUCACCAACGAUCGACGUAGAGGAAAAAGUCGAGAAGGUGCACAAGGAAAACGAAACGAGUAGCGCAAAGAAAAGCAAAGCUCAAAAAAGCAACUCAGUUGCGUGGACACCAGCUUCAAAAGAGAAAGACGAUAAGCCCACUAAACAAGAUUCGCUCCGGAAAAUCCAGGAUCAAAAGCAAGCUGAGAAAGAUUUCGAUCAAAAGCUCGCGCUCAUCUUCGGCCCGUCGACUCCAAAGAAAUUUCUCUCGCCAAAAAAGCGCCCGCAAGCUGCUACUCCGCCAGUUUCACGGCCAAGCUCACCCUCCAAUUUCAGUCCAUCGCUUCAACUUCAAUCCGUCAAGACGCCAAAGCCUCAUCCUGAUUCGUUUGAGUAUGUCAUGUUGAAGAUGCAAGCGAGGGAUUCGGGGAACACUUCCCGCUCCAAAAGCCCAGAGGAUGACAAGGAGAAUGUGAAAAGUCGAAAGUCGACGCCUCAACGAGAAGAAAUCGAGCGUCGAGUGAAUUGCGCAUUUUGCCUAACUCCAACGAACGUCAACGGUCUUCGCUGGCAUGCACUUAUCCAUUGUGGUCGAAAGCUUUACAGUUGCAAAUUGUGUCCAUUUGAGACGAACAAUGUGCACUCGAUGAGAAACCACAUCAACGGGAGACACGCCGAAGAGCCAACCAUUAAUAUCAACUACAAGUAUAAUAUGGAUGAGGAUCUGAAAACGAAAUGGAUCCAAGCGUCAAACAAGGCUUUCCCCGAUCAUUCCUCCAAAUGCGAGCAACAGAUUCGCAAUGAUACGAAAAGGUUU